ACGUAAUGUAACCAUGUUAGACAUCGUUAGCACUCGCAUGCUCGGUCAAUUUGGAUUUCUUGCUAAGGUUUUUUCAAUAUUCGAGGAUUUGGGUAUAUCGGUGGAUGUUGUUGCUACGAGUGAAGUUAGCAUUUCGUUAACUUUAGAUCCUUCGAAGCUUUGGAGCAGGGAGUUGAUUCAGCAGGCAAGCGAACUUGAUCAUGUUGUAGAAGAGCUUGAAAAAAUUGCUAAAGUGAAUCUUCUUCAACACAGAUCGAUUAUUUCGCUGAUCGGGAAUGUUCAGAGGUCGUCACUUGUAUUAGAGAAGGCGUUCCAUGUUCUUCGUGAGAACGGAGUGAAUGUUUAG